AUGGUAUCAGGACUUGCUACGAGUGGAGCUGCCUCAAUUGGCCCUAACCUAAAAAAUGUUGGUGAUGAUGUACCUGAAAUUACACAGGCCAAAACACGUCAAGGAAGAUAUGCAUUGACACAAAAACGAUUAAGGAACCACCCUGCAAAUGAUGGAAUGAAACAAAGGCUGCGAUUUCUAGUCUCGGCAGAGGGAGGAGCAUUUAGCUCUCCUCAACAUGAAUAUCAUGAUGCUGCUCUGCUCAGCUCAGACCAAAUGAAUGGUAACUUCAUGAAACAAAGCCAAAGAUUAACUCUGCAACUAAGAGAAGUUCAACCAAUACUGAUCCUCUAUGUUGCUCCUUACCACUGCUGCUUUGAUCUUUUCAUAGCAAGGUUAUCGAGCAAAUCGGCAAACGUUUUACUCCUUCAUGGCACCGGAAUCCGCUAA